UUGUGUCUCGUGACUUGGGCUGUCAACAAGCUUCCAAGAUGGCGUCUCACCUGUCUUGUGGUCGGGUGAACCUAAAUGUAUUGAGAGAGGCGAUGCGAAUAGAGCUGCGGGAGUUUUUGGAUAAAUGUGCCGGGAGCAAGGCAAUCGUAUGGGAUGAGUAUCUAACGGGACCCUUUGGAUUAAUUGCACAGUAUUCACUUCUACAGGAACAUGAAGUUGAGAAAAUGUUUACACUUAAGGCAGGACCACUGCCUUCAUGUGAUGUUAAAAACAUCAUAUUUUUUGUCAGACCUAGGCUAGAACUAAUGGAUAUCAUUGCUGAAAACAUCAGAAGGGAAGACAAAGGACGCUUCCCACAAAGGGAUUUCCAUAUCUUGUUUGUGCCUCGCCGUAGCAUGUUAUGUGAGCAGCGGCUCAAGGACCUUGGUGUCCUGGGGUCUUUCUAUCACCGAGAAGAGUACCGUUUGAAUUUAAUUCCUUUUGAUGGUGAUUUGUUGUCCAUGGAGUCUGAAAGUGCUUUCAAGGAAUGCUAUUUGGAGAAUGAUCAGACCACACUAUACCAUGCUGCUAAAGGCUUGACAACUUUACAGGCCUUGUAUGGGACAAUCCCCCAGAUUUGUGGGAAAGGUGAAUGUGCCAGGCAUGUUGCAAGCAUGAUGAUCAGAAUGAAGAGGGAGCUUGGUGGGACCCAGAACCAGAUAUCCCCUGUGUUUGAUACUCUGUUGCUACUUGACCGUAAUGUUGACCUGUUGACACCACUGGCAACCCAGCUCACUUAUGAAGGCCUUAUAGAUGAAAUCUAUGGAAUUCAGAAUGGUAACGUGAAGCUUCCUCCUGAAAAAUUUGCUCAGAAAAAGCAGGGUGAAAGCGGGAAGGAUCUACCUACCGAGCCUAAGAAACUGCUGCUAAAUUCAGCUGAGGAGCUGUAUGCAGAGAUUCGGGACAAAAACUUCAACGCUGUAGGCUCUGUGCUGAGUAAGAAGGCCAAAAUUAUUUCUGCAGCAUUUGAGGGAAGACACAAUGCUAAGACAGUGGGAGAGAUCAAGCAGUUUGUCUCCCAGCUACCUCACAUGCAAGCUGAAAGAGCUUCCUUGGCCAACCACACAUCCAUUGCUGAACUUAUUAAGGAUAUAACAACUUCUGAAGCGUUUUUCGACAACUUAACUGUGGAACAAGAAUUUAUGUCUGGGUUUGACACUGAUAAGGUUAAUCCGUACAUAGAAGACUGCAUCGCUAAGAAAGACCCCCUAAUAAAGAUAUUCCGUCUGGUCUGCAUGCAGUCCGUGUGUAACAUGGGGCUGAAGCAAAAAGUUCUGGAUUACUACAAGAGAGAGAUUCUGCAGACCUACGGAUAUGAACACAUAUUGACGUUACACAAUCUAGAAAAGGCUGGCCUUCUAAAACCUCAGGCCAGUAGCAGAAAUAAUUAUCCAACAAUCAGGAAGACCUUGCGUCUUUGGAUGGAUGAUGUCAAUGAACAGAAUCCCAAUGACAUCUCCUAUGUAUAUAGCGGCUAUGCACCCCUGAGUGUCCGACUGGCUCAGGUGCUUGUGCGACCCGGGUGGAGAAGCAUUGAAGAAGUACUCAAACUCCUUCCUGGACCGCAGUUUGAAGAACGUCAGUCCCUACCUGCCGGGCUUAUGAAAAAACGGCAGCAAGGCGAGAACAAGGUGAUGCUGAUAUUUUUCCUGGGUGGAGUGACAUUUGCCGAGGUUGCCGCCCUGAGAUUUCUGUCACAGUUGGAGGAUGGAGGAACAGAAUAUAUUAUUGCCACUACCAAGCUGAUCAAUGGAACAACGUGGAUUAAGUCGCUAAUGGAGAAGCUUGAGCCACCCCCGUUUUGAAGCUGAAGCUCGUUUCAAACCAAGGAACCUGAAGACUUGAUUGUGGGAGAGAAAAGGCUUUUUUAUGAAGUGCUUCACCGGGGAUAUAAAUGAAGACAUUAACAUUUCUGACGUUUUUGGAGGUCACAAGCAAUAGCAUUUGUGGAUUAUGAUGAUAUUUUGAAAUAAUAAUCAUCUGAAGUGUAUGGCAUAAAUGGCAAUUGUGAAUGCCUUCAAAAUGGCCCUAAAAAGGAUUUGCUUACCUUGCACCAAAUGAGUGCUAGUUAGCAUUUUCAGUGCGAGAAGUCAACCAUCCUUAUACUAAACUGUAAUAAACCACCAGGAUGCUGCCAUUGUGCUACUUUUAUAGGAAGCAUGCAUGUGUUUGUAUCAGGCGUGUCGGCCGGGUGUCUUAGGUGUCGGUCAUGCACUUAUCUCAUAACUGUUAUAAACAGUGCCAAGAGGAAUUCAUCCAUUUAUUCCACAACUUGCUGUUAUGUUUGCUAUUCAGUGUAAAAGCUUCGCUAUUUGAUUGUAUAUAUUUAUCUAUGGGAUUAUUUUAACUAAUAAUACAUUACACUGUUUACUGUGUUAUGAAUUACA